AAUAACAUGAAAUCUCUCUCAGCCCAAGAGGCCAAGACAGAGUUGUCACACUUUUGCUGUGCUAACGGAAUUGUCUUAGUUUGAUGCCACGCCACAAAUCCCGCCCCCUUCUUUUGAGGUCGAAGAUCGGCCAGCCAUGGCCACUGCUAGCGCUGAUAUAGAUCGACUCCAAAGGAGGCUUGCCUCCGGCGGCCAUGGAAGGCAGCUUCCCUCCAACAUUUUGGCGGAUCUAUCGCGCGUAACGAGAGCUCUCUACAGAUUGCAAGGCGUGCUGACUACUGCGGAGAAGCAACCGUUUGAAGCGAGCAGGGAGCCCCGCCUGAGGAAGAUCAAACAGAAUGUCUACGAUGUGGAAGAUCUUCUGGACGAGCUUGAAGAUAGCAGAAGCAGUGGGCGGAAGUUUGCUGGGGCUUCAGAUCUCUGGUCACAGGCAGUAUUUUUCUUCUCGUACGACCGCUCAGUUCUGCAUUGUCGUAUGGUGAAAAGAAUGAAGAGGAUUAGAAAAAGUUUGGAUAAAGCAUCAGAAGACUCCUUAUUCAGCUUACUGCACCACAGGGCUGAUGGAGAUAAAACUAGUGAUCAAGACGUGUUUGAUGAAACUGCAAUAAUUGGAAGAGAUAACGAUAAGGAAAAUUUAAGAGCCUUGGUCUUGAGUAACAGUGAAGAAAAUUUUUCGAUUAUUCCUAUAGUUGGUGUUGGGGGAUUGGGGAAAACCGUUCUUGCCCAGCUCAUUUUCAGUGACAAAGAUGUACGAUAUCAUUUUGACCUCCAUGUAUGGAUCAAUCUGAAUAUGAGUUAUGAUUUUAAUAGUAUCGCUAGUGCAAUAGUAUCAGAAGCUAACAGAGCAGAGGAAGGCACGUCACAAGUCAAAGAGGAAAUCGAAGAUAAUCCUCAGAUCCUAAUGAAUUGUCUUCGAGAAGUACUUCAUGGCAAAAGAUGCCUCAUUGUCUUCGACAGCCUAUGGACCACAGAUGAAGGGGAGUUACUUCAUCUCAAGAAAAUGCUACAGGGCGCUGAGAACACCAAGAUUAUAGUGACUACUUCUAGUAAAAAUGUUGCUAAGCUGAUGCAUACUAUUCAGCCCUACAAAUUGGGUCCUUUAUCUGAAGAAAAUUGUUGGACAAUAUUUUCUCAAAGGGUAUUUUGUGGUGGAGGUAACUCAGACCUCACACGAAUGGGGAAGCAGAUUGUUAAUAGGUGUGAAGGUAUACCAGCAGUGGCUCAUUGUCUCGGCUCAUUGGUGCGUGAUAAAGGCAUGAGUGUUUGGAAAGAUGAAAAGCAAGAUCUGUGGAAACUGGAGAGACAGUUUCCAUUCCAGGUCAACCUGUUCUCAUCAAUUAAACAGAUAUAUUACAGCAUGCCAUCGGCAUUGAAAUCAUGCCUUAAUCAUUUAUCAAUGUUUCCUAAAGGAUCAGAUAUUCGUACAGAAAAUCUGAUUAAACAAUGGGCUGCACUUGGCAUCCUUGGAUCAACACAUGGGUCCUUGCCUGUUUAUUCCCAGGGGAAGAAAUAUAUCCAGGAGCUGCUUUCUGUAUUCUUCCUUGAAGAACCCAAUAAAUCCUCAGGUAGAGGACUAAAUUAUGCUAGUGCCUCAAAGGUCCUCAACAUGCACAAUUUAGUACAUGAGUUUGCCAGAUAUGUUACCAGUCAUGAUCUGUUUAUAAUGGAUGGUGAAAGGAAAAAUAAUGAUAUCAUGGAGAUAUGUACUUCCCGAUAUGCAAUAUUGACUAGAUGCCAUGAUGAAUCCAAAAUUCGCAAAGUAUUUCUCACAAGUGUAAGGGCGAUAUGUUUGAAGGACUGUAUGGGAGCAAAGCUUAUAGAAAACAUAUUAUCUUCUCUAAAGCACCUACAGGUAUUGGACCUCAGUAGAUGCUCGUUUCUCGAGAUACCUAGUUCUAUUUACCAGUUAACCCAUCUGAGGUACAUUGAUGUUUCUAACUCAGCAAUUCAGGCACUGCCUGAUCAAAUGAGUUUCUUGCAAAACCUUGAAGCACUGGAUCUCUCAGAGACAUGUGUUCAGGUGCUACCUGAGUUUGUUGGAACUUUUCAGAAGUUAAAAUAUCUUAACCUAGAAGGAUGUCGCAAACUCCAUCACCUGCCCUCAAAACUUGAUAUUAAGAGUUUGCAGCAUCUUAACCUGUCAUGCUGUCCCGCAGCUCUCCAGCUACUUGAAUCUAUUAGUGGAUUUCAAGAACUUCGUUUUUUGGAUAUAUCAAGUUGCACAGAACUUCAAACAUUGCCAGAAUCUCUCAGCAGACUAACAAAUUUAGAGGAACUAAUCCUGUCAAAAUGCACCAGACUCAAGAAGUUACCAGAAUCAUUUGGUGAACUUUGUUUUCUUCAGUUCUUGAAUGUAUCCAAUUGCUGUGAUCUUGAAGAAUUGCCUACAUCUCUUGGAAGGCUUGCUAGCUUGGAGAUUCUAAUACUUUCAGGAUGCAGCAGAAUUCAAAAUCUUCCUCAAUCAUUCACUGACAUUGUGUUCUUACGAAUUCUAGACCUUGCAGGGUGUGUGGAUCUUCACAUGAACCUUGGAAUGAUACCAAAUAAUAAUCUAGAGAAUCUUAAUUUGGAUGGAUGUCGCAAGAUCUAUGCUGAGCCUGGGUGGACUGUAAACUUCCCUAAACUACAUCCCAAAUCUCUACAAACCUGUGACGAACAGAUUCAACGCUUAAUUACAGAAAGCCAAGUGUGUCCUAGUCACAAUGAAGUAGAGAUCAGUGAGGAGCUGAAUUUGCCUGUGCAUGACAAAUCUGAGGAAGCAAUGGCAAGUCAAUCAUGGGAACACACUGGUAACUUUGAAUGUACCACUAAGGAAAUCUUUAAGGAUUCCUCUGCGCGUACAAGUCAUAAUGUUCCUCAGCAUCACACUACCCCUACCGAUAUUGAUAUCGCAGCUGGACCCGCUGACAGAGCAGCAGCUGCUGGGGAUCUACAACCAGAAGCAGUCGUCGGAGCAGGCGGAGGAGGCACUCGCACAGGGCCUGCACGAGCUGCGUCAGUCCCACGCCGACAUCAUCGACGCAGCUCCCAACUACAUGAGCCUCAUGGCUAUCACACUGGAGGAGCUCGCCAGCCUCAAAAGCUUCAAUCAGCAGGAAGUAAUUACUCCAGUACUGGAGAAUUUUGUUUUGCAUGUUGGCCACGCAGGAAACUACAAAAGCAUUUCUCCGAUGUACCUGGCAAAGAAGAUCCAGAGGUGCAUCUUGGCCAGCUUAAAAAGUUUUCACUACGAGAACUACGAGUUGCAACAGAUAACUUCAGCAGUAAGAACGUUCUGGGAAGAGGUGGGUUUGGCAAAGUCUACAAAGGAAGGCUGGCAGAUGGUUCAUUAGUAGCUAUUAAGAGACAAAAGGAGCAGAGAACACCUGGUGCUGGGGAACUGCAAUUUCAAGCAGAAGUUGAUGUACUUAGUACAGUUGUACACAGAAACAUUUUGCAUCUUCACGGAUUCUGUAUGACACCAAAAGAAAGGUUGCUUGUGUAUCCAUACAUGGUCAAUGGAAGUGUGGCGUCACGUUUAAAAGAACGGCCAGGAUCUGAACCUCCACUAGAUUGGCAGACAAGGAGGAGGAUUGCAUUGGGCUCUGCCAGGGGCCUGUCCUAUUUACAUGAUAAUUGUGAUCCGAAGAUUAUCCAUGGUGAUGUCAAAGCUGCAAAUAUUUUGCUAAAUGAAGACUUCGAAGCUGUAGUGGGGGAUUUUGGUUUGGCCAGACUAGUGGAUUACAAGGAUGCCGAUGUAAAUACUGCAGUUAGUGGAACAAUUGGCCACAUAGCACCAGAAUAUCUUUCAAAAGGAAAAGCCUCUGAGAAAACUGAUGUAUUCGGUUAUGGAAUUACGCUUUUGGAGCUUAUAACAGGAGAACGUGCCUUUGAUCGUGCUCGCUUUGCCAAGGGUGAAGAUGCCAUGCUGCUUGGUCGGGUCAAGGGGUUGAUUAAGGAGAAGAAACUGGACCUAAUCCCUGAUCCAGAUCUAGGAAACAACUACUACGAAGUUGAGGUGGAAUCCCUGGUCCAGAUUGCGCUCCUCUGCACGCAGCGGGAUCCCAUAGAACGUCCUAAGAUGUCAGAGGUGGUGACGAUGCUUGAAAGCGGUGGCGGCCUCGUGGAGAGAUGGGAGGAGUGGCUCAAGGUAGCAGAUGAUCAGGACGUCGAGAUAGGCCCGCAUCGAACAGCAGAGUUGUUUGUCGGGUUGAGCUUUACAACACUUAAUGCAGUGGAGCUGUCAGGGCCUAGGUGAUGACAACGCACACUCAUUACCUGCUGUUAAUAUUUUGUAAGCGUAAUAGAGAUGUGUAUCAACCAUCCAUUUGUUCAUACCAAUUGGUGGACGAAGAUGUAGUCAGCUCAUCGCGCUCUUGACGUAUAUUGCUGCUGCGUCGCCAUGGACAUCUUAUGCUGAGGGCAGCAGAGCUCGAGAAGCUAGUGUCAUGUGCAGAGCUCAAGUUGACUAACCUCGAGGUUGACAGAAAUACUGAUUGGGAAACUGGAAAGGGAGGAAGGUAUAUAUCAGUCUUCCGUGCAACCCUUCUUCAAGUCAUCUUGAAGGUGCCUUGUCAGGCACGGGUUAGAAGAUGAAAGCUGGUAAGCUAGCUGUGGUCGUUUGAUCAUUAUGAAAGAAGUGCAGUACCGAGUCACUGGGAGUCCUAAAACUAUUCGGUUUGAUGUUGUACUGUAAUGCGAUGAUGAGCACAUCGUUUUAAUUUGUUCGUAAAAGAACACUGAGCGUGUUAUUUGGAAUCCAAUAGUUGAGUAGUUGACCCAUGUUUAUUUUUCAA